AAACGACGUACGCACAUGCAUCCCAUGCCAUAGCACAGCAAAAAAAAAUUUGUUUGUACCUCGUUUUCACCUGCGCAAACUUUACUUUGUAAUCAAUCAAUCUCAGCAUCCUUUGUUUUGAUUAACAUAGAUAUAAUUGUAAUCAAAAAGGAAUUAUAACAUGGAGAAAAGUGGUAAUCCUCCCCCAUACGGAUGGGGCAAUGGUUAUCAUGUGCAAGUGCAGCCACCGCCGGCGGCGCCGCCGAGCUACUCGCAGGCGGUAGGGGGUGUCGGGCCCUCCAGCCCCUACACUCCUCAUUAUCCUCCAACUGCCGGACCACAAAUUGUAACUACUGUUGUACCUGUUGGACCACAGCCUACGCACAUGAUCUGCCCAAGCUGCCAUGCUGAAAUAGACACUGCCACCAAAACGAAACCAGGCCUGCUUGCAUACAUAUCUGGUGCCAUCAUAUUUUUGCUGGGAUGUUUCUGCGGUUGCUGCCUCAUCCCUUGCUGCAUAGAUAGUUGCAUGGUGAUACACCACAAAUGCCCCAACUGUGGGGCCAAACUUGGACGUUAUCAACGAUAAGGAUAUCUACUCAGUGUUAUUAGUCGUGUAAAUAAUACUUAGUAGUAGGAAAAAUCAUCUUAAUAUGAAACAAAAUUAACAAUGAUCUGAAUCCAAAAAUCUCCGCAUUUAAUUUUGCCAGAGAUGUAUUUAUAAGGACAGUUUUGUAGCAUGUUUAAAGCUUAUACUACUUAAAAAUUAAAUUUACACAAGUUAAUUUAGGGCUUAUUGGCAUACAAAAAUCGAUUUUUCUAAUAUGCAGACUAUUAAUAUAUAUGAAUUUGUGCUGCUAAUUUCAUACAAAAUGCCAAAUAACCUUCCCUUUUAUUAAAGUAAUAUUUGAUAAGCUCAGAUUAUUGUCAAUUAUUUUGCAAUGGGCAGACUCUGUGCCCUAAACACACACCAUAUUAUUAAGUGUUUACAAAGAGCAUGAGGUCACCACACAUAGGUGCAGUUUUACUUGUAAAAUGCUAAGAUUUGAGGAGCUUGUGCGUUACAUCAUUUUAUACUAUAAUACAAAUAAAAAUAAUUCAUUCAUAACACCAAGUUACAUGUCAGGUUAUAACCCAGUUAUACCCCAAAAGCUAAAUUUUUGUUGGGAUUUUUAAGCGUAAUUCUGGGCGCAACUAAAAUAAGCGUUCGUGUUCCCAUACAAAAUUUGUACUGGGGUGCUUAUGUGUGGUGACCUGAUUUGUCUUACGUCUAGUACGUGCAGUGAUCUGUAGUUUCGAGUCAAAAUAAUUUCACCCAUGGUACUUCAAAGUUAUGAGAGAAGCAGCUUUAUGAUGAUAAUGUCGUUUUUGAAGAGAAUGACAUGUAAUUAUAUAAAUUUACACACUUGUACAAAUUUUAUACAGUGUCUCAUUCCUGAAUAAUAUGUGUCAAAAUGUUAUAUGUAAGCUUGUAUUUUGUCAUAUAAAUAUCCAUAGAAAAUGUUAAAUCCUUUGUUCAUAACAUAAUAGUAUUUAAACUUUACUGUCUUCCGUUUUUCAAUUUUAACCAUUUAUAUAAAGUAACUUAACAAUAAAAUGCUAACAAUUUUAUUUUUUUUAAAUUUAUAUUUAUUAAUGGAUUUAUCACAGGUAAGUAAUAUUAUUAUUAUUAUUUUUUGCGACCUAUGAAUUUAGUAAUUCCGGUUAUGUGUUCAUUUCAGUCAUUACUAAUUUAAGCUGCCUGUAGAUAUCACAAGAUCUAUAGUACCGAUCUGUAAUUAAGAUAAAUUAUAAUUAAGUUGUAGGCAUAACAUAUUUUCAUGCUUGUAUAAUGUGUAUACUAAGUAUCUAAUUUAAAUGUUAUAUAUCUUAUUGAUGAGUACAUUAAGUACUAAUCUUAAUAUAUAAACACAGUAAGAUAGAUAUUGAUGUACCUAAUUAUUCCUAUAACACGGAAUCCUUGCUUUGGUGUUUAAUCUGUAUUAAAUUAUUAAUGUAUUAAUUAACUAAUACAAGUUAAAUUACGAAAGCUAUCGAUUCGAAAUCCGAGUUUAAAAUUGAACUGGAUAAAUGAGCUUUAUAAAGUGUUCAUCACCCUUCUACUGAAAAUUGUAGACUGGAUGAUUGACUAAUUAUUAUUAAGGCGAGGGUCUCUUAGUAAAUUUUGUAACUGGUUUUAUUAUGUAUGAGAUCCUAUGUAUAUAAAUUAAAAGAUAAUUUAAAAAUAAUAAUAAGUACUGGGAAUACACAUCUAGUUCCUUCGAACUGUUUGAUAUUAGAAUGUCCAACGCUUCAUAAAAAAAAUCAAACGUCUAAUAAAAUAUUUAAAUGUUCAUGAUGUGAAUGAUGAUAUCAACAAAUAAUAUCGUUAGUAUUGUUAGACUUCUAUUUUAUACCUUACAUCAAAUUUUAGUCGCCGGAUACUUUCGUCGGCCGCAAGUCCCGAGCAGUGGCGCUCUCAAUCUUUGUGGCUGGUAGACGCUCGCCUCUGUCAUUUUAGCCAAAUGACCUUCAAAUCGCUGUUUAAGCUGCGAAUGUUUAGUAUUAUGAGUACUACACGAGUAAUAGGCUUUCUUUAAAUUUUGUUUCUUUUUCACUCUCGUUCGAAACUACCAUGAGUGCGGAGGCCUGAAUCCCCAAGGCUGUGACUACAGACAGCCUCAUAAAGAUAUCGUUAUCAAGCAGGUAUAGGCAGCAGCUAGCAAAGAUGAUUAAAAGAAUAUAGCUUGAUCAGCAGUGUUUUCAAAAAGGGGAGUAAAAUUAAAAAGCGCGAAAGGUUGAUCACUAUCAUAACUUAAACCUUUUUUCGCCACACCAGCUCAUAAAGGCUCUUUUUUAAUUAUUUAAGAAGCCGACGAGGAAGUUGCAUAUUAUCCUCUAGAAUGGAAAAGUAACUUGAUGCAUAUUUUGAGUUGUUCCUCACUGUGUGAUUAAGUUCGAUUCGAUUCGUAAUGUAUACAACUAGUAUUUUCUUCACGUUUGUAUUGAUUUUUUUUUUGUUUUCACUAGCAAAUGUUACUGAACCACAUGCUACUUGUGAUUCAAUUUUGGAAUCUUUCGCUUGCUCGGGUAUCAAUAUUAAAUUAUCACGAGAGGUUAAACAACUUUAGCUUUGUUCUGGACAGUUUGCCCUUCAGGCAUCUGAAGCAACCUAACGAACCCAUCCUAUAUACCUAUUUAUUGGUAGGAUUGGAGGUCUCCACGCUCCACAGGCGUCGAUUUAAGUUAUGUUACGUCAUUUAUUCAAUCGAUUGAAUUCGUUGCAACUACUUGGCCGGCAAUUAUAUAAAAGCACAUGCAAUUUUUUUGGUACGUGAGAGGAGCCCAUUAAAUUUUAUUAUGUGGGCAAUCAUCACAUUAGAUAUGAUACAUUAUGUACAAUAUAAUUAUUAUGUAUUUCUUAUUUUUACAAAUGUUUAUUAAUAAAGUAUUUUAUUUAA